AUGCCUAGUUCUCACCAGGUGUUGACCCCCAAGACCCGCUUAACAAUCGGUGGUGGAGGGCGCGUGCCUCCCCUCGGGCCCAGUUCCACUCCUACCUGCGGCCCGAGCGGAAGUGGAGGUGCGUCCUCGGGUCCGUCCUUCCGGUCCACCGCCCGCCAACUUCCGGCAGCUGGUGGGCGCGCGCCUGGCAACGACCUUCUGCGCCCAGCGUCGGCGGGUGGCGGCCUGUGGAUGGAGGCUUCGGCCCCCGUCCGGGCGUGGCAGGGGUGGCGGAGGGCCCGCCUCAGGCGCUCGUGGGUCACCCCGGCCGCCAUCCUCCUCCUCCUCCUGUCCGCCUUCCUCGAGAGGUCUUCCCCGUCAGUUGAAUAUUUUGUUCGGUUACGAAGAGGUUUUCGCUUGACCCAGGAAACAGUGAAAAUAGUGGGAUCACCAUAUAAUCCAGUGAGUGUAUAUGUCAUGCUCCAUCAAAAGAGUCCACAUGUGCUAUGUGUAACCAAGCGACUACGAAAUGCUGAACUGAUAGACCCAUCAUUCCAAUGGCAUGGGCCAAAAGGAAAAAUUGUUUCAGAAAACAGCACUGCACAAGUAACAUCCACAGGAAGCCUUGUAUUCCAGAAUUUUGAUGAGAGUAUGAGUGGAGUUUACACAUGUUUCCUGGAGUAUAAACCUACUGUGGAAGAAAUUGUUAAAAGUCUUGAACUAAAAUAUGUCGUAUAUGCCUUUCGUGAACCUCAUUUUUAUUACCAGUUCACAGUACGAUAUCAUGCUGCUCCCUGCAAUAGUAUCUAUAAUAUUUCUUUUGAGAAGAAACUUCUUCAGAUUUUAAGCAAACUAGUUCUUGACCUUUCAUGUGAAAUUUCUUUACUUAAGUCUGAAUGCCAUCGUGUUAAAAUGCAAAGAGCUGGUUUGCAAAAUGAAUUGUUUUUUACAUUUUCAAUUUCAUCUCUAGACACUGAAAAAGGACCCAAGCCAUGUACAGACCAUCAGUGUGAAUCUUCCAGAAGACUGUCUAAGGCUAAAACUCUCAUAGAAAGAUUUUUUAAUCAGCAAGUAGAAGCUAUUGGCAGACGUUCAGAACCAUUGCCUGAAAUAUACUAUAUUGAAGGUACUCUCCAAAUGGUUUGGAUCAAUCGCUGCUUUCCGGGAUAUGGAAUGAAUGUCCUGAAGCAUCCAAAAUGUCCUGAGUGCUGUGUGAUCUGCAGCCCUGGAUCUUUCAAUCCCCGUGAUGGAACUCACUGCCUUCAGUGCAACAGCAGCCUGGUAUAUGGAGCAAAAGCCUGUGUAUAGCUUUAAUCUUUUGUUACUAAGUGGUUUAUUAAACACGAAAGUAUAUUUUGAUAUUAAAAUAUAAUGUCAGUAUUAUGCCAAAAUUAAAUAAUCAGAUUUUACCAAAAAAAUGGUGUCAUCAUUUUAAUCAGACACUGUAUGAACAUCUUGUCAUCUUUAUCCUUUCUUCCCAGACCCACAUUACUCAAAAAUAUCUCCUUAUCAUUGCAUAAUAAUGAUAGUUUCAAAUAUGUUGAAUUAAAUUAGCCCAAAAGCUUUGUCAGGAGGUUUAAAAAAUAGCCAGUUUAAUUUCACAUAUUUAACAGACUUAGGGCACUCUAUUCUUUUAUAACAAUUUCCAUUUUACCUUUGAUUCAAUUUUAUAAAACUUAGUUUUAUGUUAUUCUAUCUUGACCUUUCAAAACUAGUUUUAAUGUUUUAAAUAUAAAUUAGUUUAAACUUUUUUUUUUUGGUACUGUGGUUUGAACUCAAGGCUUCAAGUCCUCUCAGCUAGUGCUGCUCAGCCUUGUCACUUGAGCUACAUACCAGUCCAGCAUUUUACUGGUUAACUGGACAUGAAUCUUUGGACUUUUCUGCC